AUUUAACCUCUCAACCCGGACAAAUAUAACCUUCAACUUCCCAUUUCCCAAAGCCGCCUUCUUCUCUGUCCAAAGAAAAACAAAAAGAUGCGAGUUCUUACCAACAGACUAUCCCGUGCUCUCUGGUCAGUUGCUUUUUCUUCUUCUUCCACAAAGAUUUCUUCAAGAGGUGUUUCCACUUUCAUUCAAUCCAAACACUGCCUUCCAAAUAGCGAAUCUCUGUUUGCUUCGCCAUGGUCCGCUACUCAACUCCGCGGUGCCAAAUUUCGCGGUGCCGAUUUGAAGCCAGGAAACGUGAUUGAAAAAAAAGGAAGGAUGUAUCAGGUGGUAAAGGCACAACACUCAACCCAAGGAAGAGGAGGAGCUAUUAUACAGGUGGAGCUCCGUGAUGUUGAUAGUGGAAGCAAGUCUAAUGAAAGAUUUCGUACAGAUGAACCUGUUGAAAAUGAUAUGAAUGUCAAUGUACAACUGUAUGAUGGAAGAGCAAUGUCUGCAUCAAUUCCUACACGAGCAACAUGUACUGUUGCUGAAUCUGAAAUGCCCAUGAGGGCGUCAGCUACUCCACAGUAUAAGAAGGUUUUGUUGGACAAUGGUCUUACUGUGCAGGUACCGAAACACAUCGUAGAAGGAGACAAGAUUAUCAUUAACACCGCUGACCACUCUUACCUGAGCAGAGCUUAGCAGUGGAACUUUUUAUUGGAUAUCUUCAUUCUUCCGAAUGAGAAGAUCAGUGAACUAUUGACUAUUGACAAGCAUAGUUUUGAGUUAUAUCUACUAUUUGACAAGUAGUUGGAGCUUGUUAGAAUCCAAGUUAUAGCACAGAUAUUUUUAGAAGAGUAUUUACAUGAUUGGAAACACAAUUUUAAGUUUUCCCUUAAAAGCCCUUGUUUAUUGCGGGGGAGGGUAUAUUUAUAGGAAUAAAGAUCACUCCAGUUGAUGCUGUUUGCUGGCUCCUUCUCUGUCCAAGCAUCUUUGGUCCAAUGGCUUACAAUGCAAGUUAUUUACUGUCUUUAUUUUUUUUUUUUUUUUUUUAAUGGCUUUAGCAUCCCGAUCAGCUUGUGCACCUCAAUACUUCCACCCCAUGCUAGUAAACGUCUAUCACCGGAAUAUUCAUAUUUAGAGAUGAUGCUGUAAAAUUGAUACUAUGUUUACUUUU